UUCAUGUUUAACCCAGCUACCUACGCAGUUUGUAAGCGUUAUUCCGCUACUUUCAGGUCCUGUAACACUUGAUGGCGUGUAUUCGUAAAAAGCUGGUGGUGGUUGGGGACGGGGCAUGUGGAAAGACCUGUCUGUUAAUCGUUUUCAGCAAAGAUGAAUUUCCAGAGGUUUACGUGCCCACCGUUUUUGAAACUUACGUGGCAGACAUUGAAGUGGACUCCAAACGAGUUCAGCUGGCUUUAUGGGAUACGGCGGGGCAGGAGGACUACGACCGACUGAGACCCUUGUCCUAUCCGGACACCGAUGUUAUCCUCAUGUGCUUCUCCGUGGACAGUCCAGACUCUCUGGAAAACGUUCUUGAAAAGUGGGUGCCGGAAGUGAAACAUUUCUGUCCUAAUGUGCCCGUAAUUUUGGUGGCGAAUAAGAAAGAUUUGCGGAGCGAUGACAAUGUGAGAAGUGAGCUGUCGAGAAUGAAACGGGAGCCAGUGAGAACGGAGGACGGACGUGCCAUGGCUGCUCGCAUCGGAGCGCACGACUACACGGAGUGCUCUGCCAAAACGAAAGAGGGGGUUCGGGAAGUGUUUGAGACCGCUACUCGAGCAUCCUUACAGAGAAGACCAAGACCACCCGCUGGCUGUUUGAACUGUUGCCGACUCAUGUGAAAAAACUUCACAAACCUGUGACACAAAAGACACCCUCCUCGAAAAGAUUGCGUUUUCGGGUAUUCCAGCAAAAGUGACUUUUUUUUUACUCAUAGAACACACUGUGCUUGUAUUGUGAGGUCAAUAUUUCAAAGCUAUCUAAAGUCAUAUGAGCCACUCUAAAAGACAUCCAGGCUGGCCACUGGAUGGACUUUUGCUAAAUUAUGUGAAUGGCUUAAUAAUUGUGGCAUGUUGAUCAUGGUAAAUGGACUGCCCACAGAGUUUAAAUACCAAUAGGCUUCACAGCUUAAGUUUGUUGGCACAGGUUUGUUUUUGUAAGUAGAGGAUUAUUAUUUGAUUCUUUUUUUCAUGAACCACAUUAUGCUGAAUUACGUGAUAAGAGAUAGAAAGCAAUUGAUCUCUUUAUCAUGCUCAUCGUGAUGUUGCUGUCUGUUAAUGAAUUAAAAUACACUGGCAGGUAUACUUUCUCAAAACAGAGGUUCACAUGUGCUCUGUAUGACAACAACUGUUUUAGGUGUAACCAAGGUGUUAGUGUACAGUUGAACAAAUAGUUGCCUCCUUUAAUGUUUAAAUAUUACACCAUAAGAGAAUGAAUGUUUCAGAGAAUGAAUCAGAACCGCUGAGGACAUACUAAUGUGACCGGUACAUUUUUAAUUUUUAUUUGGUAGACAACAAUUACUGUACAAACGCCUGUAUUCAGUUUAUGAAAUGUACUGAACAGGCCUCAAUCAAACCAUUUUAAAUAUACUUUGAACAAGCUAUUUUGCUUUUAUUUCUGUGAAUUUGUUGCUUUCAUGUAUUUAUAGAAAGAUUUAAAUGCAUAGGUAAAGCAGUGUGAAUACAUGGGUGGUUUUGCUUGCAAAUGACUCAUAAAUAAACAUAUUUUAAAAUGAUUAAAGUGUCUGAUAGGGAUAGAGUUUCUGAGAGUGACUACUGUAUGGUUCUCAGCUGGUCUUGCUUCAGCACAAGUGGUAACCCAAUUUAAUACCUUGAAAAUAGUUUAAAAUAUUUAAAUAGUAUUUGCACUUGACACCAGAAUGUUGAUGUGCACACAAACUGUCUAUAGCUUUAGGGUCUGCAGAAAUUAAUGUGGGGGGUUUCAUUAAUUGUAUUAAUUUGUUUGUUUAUUUUUAAAUUAAUUACAAAUUAUGCAUAUUUUAAAGACAUCACAAUAAACAUUGAGGUCCUUCAAAAGAGAA